CUUUCUUAUUUUUGUAUAUGUAUUAUAUCCAUGGAACAACCGCAACAACCAAUAACAAAAAGAAAAAGGCAAUUAAUUGCUUGCAAUGUUUGUCGUCAUAAGAAGAUCAAGUGCGAUGGACAAAAACCUUGUAGUAAAUGUGUAAAGUUUAAUCUACAUUGUUCCUAUAGCAGUAUUAUUAGGAAACGAGGACCUAAACAAAGCCAUAUCGAUGUAUUAGAACAAAGAAUUAGAAAACUCGAGGAAAUGAUCGAAAGCAAUAAUAAUAUACCUUCACAAUCAUGCUCUCUGACUGAAAACGUUAGUCAAGCUUUACCAUCUUAUAAUACUACUACUACUACUACUACUACUACCACACAACUUAAUGAAUGGCCUUCUGAUGAUAUUAUUGAAGAUGCAUUAGAUAUUUAUUUUAAUCAAUGUGAAUUAUUAUUAUCACCUAUUGUAGAUAUUGAAGCAUUUCAAGAAAGUGUAAAGAAUAAGACUUGUAGUUCUUUUCUACUGCAUUCCAUUUUAUCUGUAGCUGUUAGGUUUUUGAAAAGAUCAGAUAUAAUAGAGAGUCCAUUAUGGCUAUCAGGGGAAAAGUAUGCAAUAAAGGCAAGAUCUAUGAUUGCAAAUGUGAUUGAAUCACCAAAUAUAGAACAUAUUCAAGGACUCAUUUAUUUGAGUUUAUACGAAUAUGGAUGUGCAAGAGGACCCCAUUAUUGGAGGGAUUUGGGUAUUGCUAUUUGUAUGACACUUGAACUUGGACUAAAUAAGGAAAUUAUGUUUGAAGAGAUAAUGCCUGGAAUGACGAUGAGUUUAAAUCAAUGGCUUUGGUAUGAAAGUCGACGUAAAUUAUAUUGGACAGUAUUUAUUAACGAUAAAGUGGCAAGUGCUUAUUCAGGACGGCCCCAGAUGUUAGAUAGUAGAGAUGCAGAUAUUUUAUUACCUAUUUCUUACCAUAGAUCCAUACUCGAUGAUAGUAAUGAAUUAUAUCAAAAGUCAAUAGAUGGAAGAAGAUUAAUACGAUAUAAUAUAAUACGUGAGAAUAGAAGAAUAACUGGUGUUCAAAUGAUACCUAUUGACUUGAGUAUGAGUACUAGGACUAUUGAAAGUAUUCAGACUAUAGGAAUCGAAUCACACAUCAUAAAGCAAUAUACAAUUUUAGACAAAAUUAUACAUUUUAUAAAUCGAGGCGCUAAGGAUUUAACACAAAAGGAUACACACACAUUCAAGGAAUUAAACAGAGAAUUAGAUGAUAUAUGGCAAGAAAGGCUGUUAUCUGAUGAAAAGGGCUUUUCUUAUCAUUAUUCGCUUUUAUUACAAAAUGGACUUAUCGUGUUACUGAAUCGAGUGUCACUUGUAUUAGCGUCAAAUAUGCCAAGAUUAGAAGAGGUCACACAAGAAAUGCAGGAAUUAAUAUAUAAAAGUCAAGAGAGAUGUCUUUCCGCAGCAUAUCGUUUUUCAACUCUACUCAAAGAUGUAGUUCAUAAUUUCAAAACUGCAACCAUACCUCCCUACUUUAUUUAUUUUGCUUAUGUAGUGGCUACUGUGAUGGUCAAUCAUAGUUUUUCAAUAAAUCCAGAAGAAUGUGAAAAGGCAGAAGAUGCUUUAAAAGAAAUGCUUACAUUCUUCCACGAAAUGAAACUGUAUUGGGCCAUGUCAGAAAAGAUGGAUUUCUUAACAAAAGAUUUAUAUGCACUUCAUGAAAGAGUAAUGGAUUUAUAUCAAAGGAAUAGUCAAGAUCAACACAUGACAGAAGAGAACCAUGAUGGUGAUACAACAGUAACAGCUAAAACAUUAUCUCCUUCAGCUCAUAUGGAGAGUAAUGAUGAUUGGUCAUCUUUAGUGAACGGGACUACUUCUUCCAUGUUGCCAGUAAACCACCUUUUAUUUGAUAACAAUAAUUCAACUUCAUCUUUAAAUGCAAUAUCCUCAUUUGAUAUUUGGUUACAACAACAAAUAAAAAAAUAAAAUCACAUGAAAAUUGUCAGUGGGCGUUUAUUAUUUACUGUCAAAAAAAAAAGGACUUGUCACUUGUUCUUUUAUAUAUUAUCC